ACUGCGAUUGUUUUUAGCAAGAUGGCGUCCAGCUGGUUUACGUUGUGAACGAGUCCCGCUGUUGUCUCCAGAGACACGAACAGAGAGUCUGUAUGUCCGGAUGAAUCUGUGUGAUUUGACUUUGUGCUGUUCACCUGUUCACCGUGUUUCACCUCUGACUCAUCUCCCGCUGCCGACAAAGCCACGGAAGUUAGCUUAGCAUGCUAGCUGGAAACAGACUGCCGGGGACGGCAGUGAGCAGCACGGCGCCUGUCAGAGUGAAACGGUCACUCUGGAUGGAGAACCAGCAGUGUUUUUAGGGAGUUUCGUGUGAUUGUGUCAAAAUGUCUAAAGUGCAGAUGCUGAGAGCUUUUGUGAAGCAGCGACUAACAGCUGGAGAGCGACUCUACUCUCGACUUUACGACGUCCAGCAGAUGUUGGCGAGUCAAGACGAGGAUCCUCCUGAGCAGCAGGACUGGAGAUCCAGUCUGGACCAGGAGGACCCACCAGAACCGCCACACAUUAAAGAGGAACAGGAGGAACUCUGGACCAGUCAGGAGGGAGAGCAGCUGGGAGGUCUGGAGGGGGCUGAUAUCACCAAGGUCACAUUCACUCCUGUCCCUGUGAAGAGUGAAGAAGAGGAUGAAGAGAAACCCCAGUACUCACAGCUUCAUCAGAGACAAACUGAACAGAUGAAAACAGCUGAUGGGGAGGACUUUGGAGGACCAGAACCAGCCAGGACCUCAGAUCCAGAUAGACCUGAUACUGAUGAUAAGACUGAAGACUCCUCUGAGACAGAAGUGAGUGAUGAGGAUUGGACAGAGUCCAGAGAACCUCAGGCAGGUUUAAACUCUGUGAUUAAUAACAUGAGAAACGCUGACAGAGAAUCAUUUAUCUGCUCUGAAUGUGGUAAAACUUUUGGCCACAAGACAAAUCUGAAGAGACACAUGAGGUGUCACACAGGAGAGAAACCGUUCGGCUGCUCUUUCUGCAGUAAAAGGUUCAACCGGAGGGAGCAUUUGACUGCUCACAUGAGAUGUCAUUCAGGAGAGAAACCCUUCAGCUGUUCGGUUUGUAACAGCAGCUUCAGUCACGGCUGGUCGUUGGACAAACACAUGAGAGUCCAUACCGGAGAGAAACCGUUUGGUUGCUCCCUGUGCAGUAAAAGCUUCAGGCAGCGCUCGGAUCUGGUCGCACACUUCAGGAUUCACACGGGAGAAAAACCUUUUUGCUGCUCGGUCUGCACCACGAGCUUCACUCAGCGUCACACUUUGGUUCAGCACAUGAGGACCCACACCGGACUCAAACCUUUUAUCUGCUCAGUUUGCGAUAAGAGAUUCUCACGAAAAGGACACAUGACGAGACACAUGACGGCUCACACCGGAGAGAAACCGUUCAGCUGCAGCGUCUGCGGGAAACGCUUCACUUGGCAGUCGCAGUUUAAAAGACACGAGUGUCCUGUUACUCACUUUUAUUACAAACCCUUCGUUCCCGACGUUCUACAACCUGAAAGGCUGAAGAUCGUUCAGAAACGUAGAGCAUCCUCUGAACCACCUGACUGCAUGAUGCUUCGACAGAAGGCGAGUGUGUCCGGCAGGCUUCACCUGAACACACCAGUGAAGAGGCUCGUUGGCGUCAGUUUGUCCUCCCUGACUGUGAGAAAGAUGUCCAGACUUCACAGUCUGAAGCUUUUCGUGAACCAGCGACUAACUGCGGCCGUCGACGAGAUCUUCGGACACGUUGAGAGAACAAUAACCGAGUAUGAAGAGGAGAUUGACCGCCGCCAUCGGAGGCUGCUGGACGUGGUUCUGACACCUGAACUGAAGCUGCGGAGAGCAGUGUGUCCGACAGACAUCCGGCAGGUCUUGGUGAAUUGUGAAGAGGCCCCCCCUGAGCAGCAUGAGUGGGGUCCAAGGCUGGACCAGGGGGAUUCACCAGAGCCCCCACACAUUAAAGAGGAACAGGAGGAACUCUGGACCAGCCAGGAAGGACAGCAGCUUCAAGGGCUGGAGGAGGUGAAGGAGGAGGAUGGUGAUGAAGAGAUGGCUCAGUCCUCACAGCUUCAUCAGAUUCAAAGUGAACCUUUACGCAGCCGUUUGACUGGACAGAUGGAAACAGAAGCUGGUGGAGAGGACUGUGGAGGACCAGAACCAGCCAGGACCUCAGAUCCAAAUAGUUACUUUCAGCCAGUUAGUGACGACAAGGCUUCAAACUCUUCUGAACCCGAGACUGAAGUCAGUGAUGAUGAUUGUAAGGAGAGCAGGGAACCUCAGGCAGGUUCAAAGACUCAGAUGGAAAUGAAUGACGUCCCUGUGAGUGACGUCACAUGUAACGCUGUCAAAAAAUCAUUUAUCUGCUGCGAAUGUGGUAGAAAAUUUGGUCGAAAGGACAGUCUGCGGAGACACACGAGGUUUCACACGGGAGAGAAACCAUAUAGUUGCUCAGUUUGCGGCAAAAGGUUUUCUCAGAGGCCCAACCUAAUCCGGCACAUGAGAUGUCACUCUGGAGAAAAACCUUUCAGUUGCUCAUUUUGUGACACGAGUUUUGCCGUGCGUAGCGCUUUGGUAAACCACAUGAGAAUCCACACUGGAGAGAAACCCUUCAGCUGCUUGUAUUGUGACAAAAGCUUUACACAAAAGGGAGGUCUGAAGAAACACAUGACGGUCCACACAGGAGAGAAACCAUACAGUUGCCCAGUGUGCGAUAAAAGCUUUUCUCAGAAGGCAAACCUGACGUACCACUUCUCAGUGCACACGGGACAGAAACAGUUCAGCUGCAGCGUUUGUGACAAAAGGUUCACCUGGCAGUCGCAGGUCAAAAGUCACAAGUGUGUCGGGGAGAGCAGCAGCAAUAACUGAAGCUGCUGAUUCAGCCGCAAAGAAAAACUUCCUGCUUUGAAUUUUUUACUUCCCACCUCAAAAUGUUCAGGUAGUCGAAGUUCUCCAUCAGUGCGAUGAAUUUUCCUCAGCUGAGUUCCAGAGAGGCCACAAAUGAGCUCAGUGUAAGUGCUAAGGGAAAGAAGUGGAGGGAGUUUAUGGGACUUCAGAAGUACUAUUUGAUGGGUAACUGAUUUGUAUAGGAGUACAGUGUGCUUGGAUGUAGGCUACCACGCGACCCACAAAUGUCGUGCGUCAUUAUUGAUGAUCUUCUACCACCUUGGUUUUGCUGCACUGCAUGUGUUACAGAUUUAUCAUCUUUUUCAGCCACCCAUAUGUCAAGAGCAACCAUAUCUGUCUCCCCAGAACUGGAGCCAACCAGGGGCAUGUGUCAGGCUAUUGGACUAUAGCCACAGGGCUGUUUUUUACUGCCAAAAUAUUUAAUAUGUAUAUGAGCUCAUACAACCACUGAAUCAAGGGGCAGUAUGACCUAAAUGUAUAUCACACCAGUAAAAAAAAGAGUAAGCUUUCCUGUAACAACAAACCAGCUGAUGUUGUGUUGCAGAAUGAAGUGUGGAGCUAACGUUAGCUCUGGCUAUGAGAGACGACAAAAAAUGCUACGUGAAGAAGCCGUUUCCCUCAGCCAACCGGCUGCUCUGGUUCUUUAACUGGCUUCAAAUGAAGCUGAAUGUUCAAACAGUUUCUUGACUGUCCCUCAAUAUUAAACAGUCCAACAUGGCUCCAGUCUGUGAGUCUACAGUGAAGGCUACUAGCCACAUUAGCCGUGGAACAUGCUAACACAAAAUUCGACCAGCAGUAAAACAGCAAAGUAACGUAAACAUGUCAAAACUUACAGGUUCUAAGUUUUAAGUUGGUGUCAGUCAUCCGUGAGCUUCCGUUUGAAGUCCUGUAACAACUGUUAGCCUAGGAAUUUGUUGUGCAAAGUUACGUCACUGGGUCUCCUCUUCCUCAGAUGGUGACAGUAGAUGAAGACUUUUGUGUUGCUUCUUGCAGCAACAGAGAGAAGAGAAAUUGACAGAGAAAUUGCUCACUAUGUGACCUUCACAUCAUCAUGUUGCUGGACUCGGUGUUACAGUGAAGAAAAUAGUUACUGUAUGUAACUCCAGUUCUGUGAGUAUGUGUGUCGCCCUCUACCUGCGUGUUAUUGGCCUGUUCGGUUUCAGGCCUGUACAGCGGGUCUGAUUUCAUCCUGGUGACAGACGUCACGGCUAAUGAAUCAAUGAAUGAAUUGAUUUCAAGAAAGUUGUGUGUGGAUCACUUCCUCUCUUUGGGGCUCAUCCCCAGAUGUUUCAAAUGCCUAUACACGCCUCUAAACAAUCUUAUUUAUCAAUGAUUAUUCUGUAUUUAUCCAGUGUAUGUCUUAAAGCUUUCUCUCGCUAGGCCAUAAUCUCUCAUCUGUCUUCUGACUAGAACGUCUGUCCAUCUCAGCUGUGGCUGCAGGCAAUAAUGUUCUAAUAUUAUAAAGUGAAAAGCACUAGAGACUUUUUUAAGAGUUCUACUUAUUGUCCGUUAAUGUUGGUGAGAUAUUGGAGAUUUAUUGGUGAAUUAAAUGAUGACGUCAG